CGUGCAAGGGAGUAGGGACUCUAAUUUUUGCAGCGGAUAUCUGUCAGCUGUCACGCAUUGCUGUCAUUUAUCAUUGAUUGUUGUUUGUUAUUGUUGUUUAUUAUUGUUGUCUUGUGAAACUAGGCUUAUAACAACAAACCAUAAUCAUGUUUGAAAAUGAAUAAAAUAUGAAUUAAGAAGGAUAAUGAAGUAGAUUGAACGAAGAUUAAUCUGAUAUUGAAAAAAAUAAAAAUGGACAGUAAUCCGACUGCAGAAUGUUUAACCCUAGAUUUUGGUCCAUUUGAGACUGUUCAUCGGUGGCAGAGGAUGCCAGAAUGUGAUGAAUUUGUUGGGGCACGACGUAGCAAACAUACGGUUGUAGCCUACAAAGAUGCAAUCUAUGUCUUUGGUGGAGAUAAUGGUAAACGAAUGCUAAAUGAUCUUCUUCGUUUUGAUGUAAAAGAAAAAUCUUGGGGACGUGCAUUUGCUACUGGAAGUCCUCCAGCUCCUCGUUAUCAUCAUUCAGCAGUAAUUCAUGAUUCUUCAAUGUUUGUUUUCGGUGGUUAUACUGGAGACAUUCAUUCAAACUCAAAUCUAACAAAUAAAAAUGAUCUUUUUGAGUAUCGUUUUCAAAAUGGUCAGUGGACUGAAUGGAAAUUUAUUGGUAAAACUCCAGUUGCUCGUUCGGCUCAUGGAGCUGCUGUUUAUGAUAAUAAACUUUGGAUAUUUGCUGGCUAUGAUGGUAAUGCACGACUCAAUGAUAUGUGGACAAUAUCUUUACUACCUGGAGAGCUAAGAAUUUGGGAAGAAGUUACACAGUCUGGUGAUUGUCCACCAACAUGUUGUAAUUUUCCUGUAGCAGUUGCUCGUGAAUCUAUGUUUGUAUUUAGUGGUCAAAGUGGAGCAAAAAUUACAAAUAGUUUAUUUCAAUUUCAUUUUCGUGAAAAACGUUGGACAAGAAUAUCAACAGAGCAUAUAUUACGUGGUGCACCACCUCCACCACCUCGUCGUUAUGGUCACACCAUGGUCAGUUUUGAUCGACAUCUUUAUGUCUUUGGGGGAGCUGCUGAUUCAACUCUGCCAAAUGAUCUUCAUUGCUAUGAUCUUGAUACACAAACGUGGAAUAUUAUUAAUCCUUGUUCUGAAUCAGAAAUACCAUCUGGACGACUUUUUCAUGCAGCAGCUGUUAUUAGUGAAGCUAUGUUUAUAUUUGGAGGUACUGUUGAUAAUAAUAUUCGUUCUGGUGAAACUUAUCGUUUUCAAUUUUCUUCUUAUCCAAAAUGUACACUUCAUGAUGAUUUUGGAAGAUUAUUAAAUUCAAAAUUAUUUUGUGAUGUUGAGUUUGUUGUUGGUACAGAACCAAUGGAAAAAAAAAUUCCAGCACACAUUGCACUUGUCGCAGCAAGAUCACAAUUUUUAUCAGCAAAAAUACGUCAUGCUAGAGAAAAACGAACAAAACAUUUCGAAAAAGUAUUUGGUAGUGCUGAUGUGCCAAUCAAAGAUUUACCAUUGCUUGAAGUUCAAUUGGCUGAUGCAGUACCUGAAGCUUUUGAAAUGGUAUUGAAUUACAUAUAUACUGAUAGAAUUGAUCCAACAAAAAGCAUUGAAGAUGCUGAACCAGGCAAUAGAAUUGUUCUUCUCAUGAUGGAUGUUUAUAGACUUGCUGUACAAUUUAAUAUGAAACGACUUGAGCAGCUUUGCGUUCAUUAUCUUGAGGCAACAAUUAAUCAUGCAAACGUCCUAGAAGCACUUCAUAAUGCAGCACAUUUACAGCUUUAUUUUAUCAAGGAAUUUUGUUUGAGCUUUGUGGUAAAAGAUAGUAAUUACAACCAAAUUGUUAUGAGUCAAGAGUUUGAAACAUUAGAUCAGCCUUUAAUGGUAGAAAUUAUUCGACGAAGACAAAUGCCACAAACACGUGGAUUUUCAAAGCAAUAUGAAUUACUUGGUACUGGUACAAUACUCGAGCAAGAUAUGGAAAUAUUUUUAAAAAAUGUUGGAUCUGAAUUUUGUGAUAUUACUUUGAUGCUAGAUGGUACGCCAAUACCAGCCCACAAGGCAAUACUUGCAGCACGAUGUAGUUACUUUGAAGCAAUGUUUCGUUCAUUUAUGCCAGAAAAUAAUACAGUUAAUAUUCAAAUUGGUGAAAUGAUACCUUCUGCUGAAUCAUUUGCAUCACUAAUGAGAUACAUUUAUUAUGCUGAUGUAUCUAUGCCACCAGAGGAUUCACUUUAUCUCUUUACAGCACCAGUUUUCUAUGGUUUUACAAAUAAUCGACUUCAAGCAUUUUGCAAACAAAAUCUUGAAAUGAAUGUUACCUUUGAAAAUGUUAUACAAAUAUUAGAGGCUGCUGAUAGAAUGCAAGCUUGCGAUAUGAAGAAGUAUGCUUUAAAUCUCAUUGUUCAUCAUUUUGGCAAGGUGGCUAGACUUCCGCGACUCAAGCAACUCAGUCGGGAUUUGCUGCUUGACAUUAUUGAAACUUUGGCUGAUGAACAUGGUGAGGUACGCACGUGCCAAGACAUGUCAAGUGAUUGCUAAUGAUUGCUAAUGUCAUUUGUGCUCGCUUGGUUCAUAAAAUAUUCGAAUACAACGUUCAUCAAUAAUUCUGUUGAUCGUAUGAAAGAUUUUAUAUUUAUACUAGUCAAAAAAAAAAAAAUUUAUAAUGACGGGGCUCAUCCCGUGUGGAGGUGAAUAUUGCAAAGUUACUUCGGUUAGAGUGGGUAUGAAAAAAAGAGAAUUAUUGAUUGAACCAAGACCAGUCCAUUUUUAUUGAGAUUGUCAAGAUUUUGAAGGCUGGAAUUGAAGCUGAAACAUAUAUUGACGUUAUCACAUUGUCAGUGAUAGAAUAAGCUAGCUUGACAUUGAUAGAAAUAAAAAAGUUUAUAGAAACUUUGCCUCUUCAAAAAAUUUCUAACGUACUCUGUUUAAAAAUUAUAUAAAAUAUUGUAUUCUCCUAUUUAAAAAAGUACAUGGUUGACGUUUGAAAACGUCUUUUAAUUGGAUUUAUUAAUCGAGUAUAUUAAUUUCGCCUGUGCCCAAAAAAUUUACGUAAACUAUUGUAUAUUAUUAACAAAAUUUAAGUUGUGAUAAUUUGUUUAUUGGGAUGUGAUCUGUUAACGUUCUCAAUGACUAGAGUUAAUUUAAAUUCAUGAAGUAACAUAUAGCAUUGUUAACAAAAAAUAAUUUAGUACAGUUAUUUAAUAAAAUGUCGAUAUAAUUUUGUACAUUAGAAGAAUGUUUAUAAAUAUAUAUAUAUAUAAAAUUUUAAAUUA